AUGAGUAGCUACUACUCGGACUCGGAUGAGCUCGACAUCCGAUUCUCAAGGCGUCGAGCGCCGUCUCCUGGGCCUGUUCACUAUGUCGAAGCGAGGCCAAGGCCCAGAAGCUACUACGCCUCAGCUCCUCAGCAAGCCGCCUUCCUGACCCCAGAGCGUACAGUCAUCACUACUCGCACUCGGUCAAGAGAACGUUCCAGUGAGCGUCGUUCUUCUCCCCCAAGCAGCGCGCCUCCGGCACCAGCGCCGGCCCCGCCUCCUGUCAUCAUCAACAACCGCAUCUAUAACGAACACUCAGACGAAGAGGAUGACCGCCACAUGCAGGUCUACCACCCUCGUCACCGUUCUCAUUCGCGCGGCCAUUCUCCCCACUCCCGGUCGCCAUCGUCUUCCUACAUGACUCGAGAGGACUAUGAGGCGGAAAGGGCUCGACAGGAGCUUGCCGAGCUGAGGAUCACCCAGGCACGCGAGAAGGAGGAACGCCGAAUCCAAAAGGAGUAUCGUGAAGAGGCCGAGCUCCAGCGUGCAAAGCGUGACCUGGAAGAUAUUCGAAGUCGCGAGGCUCGCGCCGCCGAGGAAAAACGCUUCAAGACGCAGAUUGAACUGGAAAAGUACCAGGAGGAUAUGCGGCUAGCAGACCUGGCCAAGAAACGAGAGAAGGAGGCCGCUGAUGCCGUGGAGCGUUAUAAAAGGAAGGAACAGGAGCGCCUUGCUCAGGAGAAGAAAGAGAAAGAGGAGCGCGAAAAGGAAUUCCAGAGAAGGCUACAGGAAGAACGCCAAAAGGAGCUGGACCGUUUGGCCAAGGAGAAGAAAGAAAAAGAGGAGCGCGAAAAAGAGUACCAAAGGCGACUUCGGGAGGAUCUCGUCAAGUCAGGUCUUGACGAAAAAGCUAUUGCUGCCAUUCUCAAGAAGGAGAAAAUCCCCGAGCCUCACUCACACAGGCCGAGCCCGAACUCCGCCAACACUGCAUUGGUUGCGGGCAGCCGCCCGACCUACACGCGCAUGGCUAGGAAACAUCUGUCAAUCGAGACGCUGAGAACAUACCACGUUGAGUGGGAGUUGGAUGUCGAUCCUGACUACGUACUCAUCAAACGCUGGGUUCCAGAAUGGGAGCAAGACACUCUAUGGAGGCAUACAAGAUCACUCCGCGAGAAGCGCUCAUCUAAGCUAGUGCUCGAGAUCGAGGACAAGAAAUCACAUAGGCACGAACCCGAGUUUGAAUGGGUCAGAAAGAAGAGUGACCGUAAGCGAAGCAAGUCGCCGGCACUCCUCAUGUACCUUGCGGGUGCCAAACCGGCAUGA